AUGCUCGAAAAGACUGCUAAACUGGUCUCUACAUCAACUGAAUUGAUCGGAGCUUCCGGGUGUCAUUAUUUGUUCAGAGAGUUGGUUCAGGAGAGGCCACACCUGGGUCGUGUUUGGGUGGCGACGUCGGGACAAGAUCGAUUUGUCUUGAAAGACAUUCCCAAAGAGAUAUUCUCCAACUUCUGCGAGAAUAUAUGGCCCAAACUCCGCAACUCUUCGUACGCCCGGUUACCAUUUGACACAAUCCAGGACCAGCGUGUCUUUGCUUACAAGUAUUUGGACGACGACUUCCUCAACCUAGUCAAGAAGCAAAUCCCAUUGAAGGCUAGGAAGGAGAUACUCAAAACCAGUCUGCAGGGGAUUGCCGAACUGCACGACCGGGAUGUUGUUCACCUGGAUCUCAAACCGGACAACAUCAUGGUUGAUUGCCACCAAGACGGUCAAGAAAUAACCGUUAAGCAGGUUCAGGUCACCGACCUGGAAAAUGCGGCUCAUCUUCCCAAAGGCAGAUGCAUCAAAGGGAUGCUGGCCGGAAAUGACAACUGGCGCAGCCCAGAGGGACAUUUCAAGGCUGAACUGAACAAACCGUCUGAUAUAUUCACUUUUGGAGCCGUGUGCAUCUACGCCAUGCUCGGACGCGCCAUCUUUGGACCUGACGAUGAUUUCCGAAAGCACCAAGCACAGGGUGCACUUCCUCACCUUGUUCGCUUGCAGUGUCAGGUUUCAUACUUCGGAAACCUAGAAGGACUAAAUGGGCUCAUGAAGCACGUUGGCGACGAGGAAGUCAAUUGCCAGGUGUUGGGGAUGCUUUGGGAGGAGCGGAGCGCCGACUACAUCCCUUACAAGCCAUUUUCGGAAUGGCCGGAGGUCACGAACACGACGUUCAAGGGUCUCGUUCAGGGAAUGAUGAGCUUGGACCCUACCAAGCGGAUCACAGCACGUCAAGCCUUAGAGCAUCCCUGGUUGAAUGAUACCGAGAUGGCGUAG